CCCGCCAUAAGAGCGCGGUCUUGGAUCCCUCAGGCUUUGCUUUCACCUCCAUAAGCUCUCAGCGGAGACCCCACGUCGAUCUCAGUCCAGUUCCCCCCCACUUUAUAGCGCACUCAGCAUGGUUCUCGUAACGCCUUUGACGAAGUUGCUUGGGAUUCGUGUCCCAAUCGUCCAAGGAGGCAUGCAAUGGGUCGGUGUCCCACAACUUGCUGCCGCGGUGUCAGAGGCUGGAGGGCUAGGCAUCCUUACCGCGCUCACCCAACCCUCCCCCGAUGCCCUCCGCGAGGCCAUCCGCGAGACGCGCCGGCGCACAUCCAAGCCCUUUGGCGUCAACAUUACCCUCCUUCCCAGCAUCAACCCACCGGACUACGAAGGCUAUGCCCGCGCAGCCGUCGAGGAAGGAGUCAGAAUAUUUGAGACAGCGGGGAAUGCGCCGGGCCCGCUCAUCAAGUUUUUCAAGAGCCAGGGGUGCAUUGUAAUUCACAAGUGCACGACGAUCAGGCAUGCGAAGAGUGCCGAGAAACACGGCGUCGACGUUCUCAGCAUCGACGGGUUCGAAUGCGCAGGUCAUCCGGGCGAGGAGGAUAUGGGCGGGCUGGUUCUGCUCGCACGCGCCGCGCAGGAGCUCAAGGUCCCCUUCAUCGCGUCCGGAGGCAUUGCGGAUGCGCGCGGCCUGGCAGCGGCAUUGGCAUUGGGCGCAGCUGGAACGAAUAUGGGAACGCGCUUCAUGUGCACCGUUGAGAGCCCAAUCCACCACAACAUCAAGGAGACGAUCGUCAGGUCGAAAGAGCAGGAUACGGUGCACAUCUUCCGGACGCUGCACAAUACGGCGCGGGUGUACAAGAAUAAGAUCUCGCAAGAGGUCGUCUCCAUCGAGCGUCGGCCGGGCGGUGCCAAGUUCGAGGACAUCCGUGACCUGGUGUCCGGUCAGAGGGGGAAGAAGGUGUACGAGUUGGGCGACCCAGACUACGGGAUUUGGACCGCUGGCCCCGCGAUUGGGCUUAUCAACGACAUUCCGACGUGCCAGGAUCUGCUGAGCAGGAUUGAGCGGGAGGUCGAGGGCAUUGUGGAGGGGCUGAGCAAGACGGUGGUUGUGAAGGCGAAGCUGUGAGCGUUUGUAUGAGAUGGAUCGAAUAACUCGUUCUCGAGGGCAUAUUAUUGUUCUCUAGUUGGAUCACUGGCUGAAUUAUCUACGUCUUCCCGUUGCAAUGUCGUGUAAAGCUCUGUCUUUUGUGACAGCUCUUGCAGCAUUCGAAAGAUAUGUUCGAUGCAUACGAGCGGAUGUCACUGCAUAAAUCGGAAUUCAACGUGGAACGUGGUCCAAGCGAUCGCUUGCACCUGUACACUCUUUCCCUUGUAAUGUCCUCAUACCCAGCCGGAUCGUCCUAAAGAUAUUCAUGUGUGC